GCAAGUAACAGCGACGCCAUUUGCUGCUGCCGAGCGUGGGCGCUGGCGGAUUUCGGAAGAACCAGUUCCUGAGAGGCUCCCGCGCACGUUGCUUGGCCUUCCGCGCUUUCUUCAUCCAGCGCGGCCCUCAGAGUCGCCCCGCUUGUCCGCCAGAGGAGGAGUCCCUCGCCCUCUGCAGCCUCCUUCAAAGAAGUCACCGGUACCACCACCUCGCAGUCACCACCAUGCCAAAGAAUAAAGGUAAAGGAGGUAAAAACAGACGCAGAGGUAAGAAUGAGAAUGAAUCUGAGAAAAGAGAGUUGGUGUUCAAGGAAGACGGACAAGAAUAUGCUCAAGUGAUCAAAAUGUUGGGAAACGGGCGAUUAGAAGCAAUGUGUUUUGAUGGUGUAAAGAGGUUAUGUCAUAUUAGGGGGAAAUUGAGAAAAAAGGUUUGGAUAAAUACCUCAGACAUCAUAUUGGUUGGCCUCCGUGAUUAUCAGGAUAACAAAGCUGAUGUAAUUUUGAAAUACAACGCAGAUGAAGCCAGAAGUCUGAAGGCAUAUGGCGAGCUUCCAGAACAUGCUAAAAUCAAUGAAACUGAUACCUUUGGGCCCGGAGAUGAUGAUGAAAUUCAGUUCGAUGACAUUGGGGACGAUGAUGAAGAUAUUGAUGAUAUCUAGUGCGAUUCAGCAUCUUACAUUCCAGUUUUUCGGAUUGUUCGGCAGUAUGAAAUCUGGCAGCAACUCUUAAAGAAGAUUCAAAACUUAAUAGCAUGACUGUAAUUCGUUAAGGCAGACGGCCUUAUUACUAAGGUUGUUUCUUUAAAAACUGUUGACAUUAUGUUAAGACCACACUUAAUUUAAAAGUUAAAAAAAGCAUUACUGCUUUUGCUACUUUGAUCACAUCUAGUAAGUAAAUUGAUGUCUUGAAUAAACAGUUUGUUUGCCUCCUA